AUGACUUCUUGUCAUGUUACUGAAGAUCCUAUAAAAAAGGUUGCUAUCUUUGGAGGAACUCAUGGCAAUGAAUUAACAGGAGUAUUUCUAGUUAAGCGCUGGCUGGAGAAUGGCACUGAGAUUCAGAGAACAGGGCUGGAGGUAAAACCAUUUAUUACCAACCCAAGAGCAGUGAAGAAGUGUACCAGAUAUAUUGACUGUGACCUGAAUCGAGUUUUUGACCCUGAAAAUCUUGGCAAAAAAAUGUCAAAGGAUUUGCCAUAUGAAGUGAGAAGGGCUCAAGAAAUCAAUCAUUUAUUUGGUCCCAAAGACAAUGAAUAUUCCUAUGACAUUAUUUUUGACCUUCACAACACUACUUCUAACAUGGGGUGCACUCUUAUUCUUGAAGAUUCCAGGAAUGACUUUUUAAUUCAGAUGUGUCAUUAUAUUAAGACUUCUUUGGCUCCAUUACCCUGCUAUGUUUAUCUUAUUGAGCAUCCUUCCCUCAAAUAUGCAACCACUCGUUCUAUAGCCAAGUAUCCUGUUGGUGUAGAAGUUGGUCCCCAGCCUCAAGGAGUUCUGAGAGCUGAUAUUUUGGAUCAAAUGAGAAAAAUGAUCAAACAUGCUCUUGAUUUUAUACAUAAUUUCAAUGAAGGAGAAGAAUUCCCCCCCUGUGCUAUUGAAGUCUAUAAAAUAAUGGAGAAAGUUGAUUAUCCUAGGAAUGAAAAUGGAGAUAUUGCCGCUAUUAUCCACCCUGACCUGCAGGAUCAAGACUGGAAACCGCUGCACCCCGGGGAUCCUGUGUUUUUAACUCUUGAUGGAAAGAUUAUUCCGUUGGGCGGAGGCAGUACUGUGUACCCAGUGUUUGUAAACGAGGCCGCGUAUUAUGAAAAGAAAGAAGCUUUUGCAAAGGCAACCAAACUAACACUCAACGCAAGAAGUAUUCGCUCCUCGUUACCUUAA